UUCUAGGAAGAGUAAUGUUGCUCGCGACUCUCACAGUCAUAACUGUGGGAGACAACGUUUCUCUCGACCAGACGGUCCGCUACUCCAUGUAUGCAAAACUCAACUUGCUGCCAGCCAAUGUUACUUACUACGUCAACGACACGCAGGCAUGCACGUGCAAGUUGAAGUGCUGGUGGGACGCGAGCUGCACGGUCUUCUCGUACGUCCCUGCCACCGCUGGUAGGGCGGCGUCCUGCUCCUUCUCCACUGCCACUGCCGUGCCUCUGCUGCUGCAGCCCGACGACCUCGCCUACACCUUCCUCAAACAGGACUUCAACCACAAGCGCGUGCUGUACAACCAGGGCGCCAGGACCUUUGUUUAUGUAGACGUCAACGUCGACAGGAACCACGCGCAGCUCUUCUGCCCCAGAGGAGCCAGCGUCGCCAUCCUCUCUGACGCCAAUGUCUUCAAGGCAGUCCAGGACGGCUUGGAGGAGCUCAACUUGCCGUCGCCGCAGCGCAACGUCUGGGUGAACGCCGCCAACGACGGGACGCAAUGGGCGUGGGCGGACGGGACGGUGAUUCCUGGGACUGUAGGAACGUUCCCGUGGGCGCCUAACUUCCCCCUGGCGAAUGUCACUCUCACUCAGGCCUGGAUGGCCCCCAGUCAGAAGUACCUGCUGGUCAACCGAGCGUUGUAUCAAAAAGCGGCGGUGCUCUGUGAGAUGACUGUAGUGUGAGGUGUAAUUUGUGAGAUGACUGUUGUGUGAUGUGUACUUUGUGAGAUGACUGUUGUGUGAGGUGUACUUUGUGAGAUGACUGUUGUGUGAGGUGUACUUUGUGAGAUGACUUUAGUGUGAGGUGUACUUUGGUAGAUCCACCAAAUCCUGGCCAUGCCUGAGGAGAGGGCUGGGAUGUAUUUGGACGUGGUGUACUUGGACUUGGUGUAUUUGGACACGAAUGCGUUUGACAAAGUUGGCCACGGAGUGCUGCUCUUCAGAAAA